GAAGGUUGGCUGUGUUCUUCCUCGUUUCAUAAGAGGAAGUGUGCGCGCUCCGCCUCGGCACGUCGCACCUAAAAACAGCGGCAAGCAUCGGGUCGCUGCUCCCCAUUAGCGUGUGACAUGCGCGGGUCUGCGCCGCUCCGCAGCCCCGUCUCUCUGCACCUGUGCCGCCGGCGAUGAGUACAGCGCUGAUCCGUCAAGCCUGUUAGAGCAAGGGAAACACCUGUAACGCACGCCGGAGCUGGACUCAGAACUAAACCAUGGGGAACGCCGUAAGGAGCGAAGCUACGAACAAUGCAGGCAACAGCCCCGAGCAGAAAGAAAGUGAAGUGCUCAUUGUCAUUAAUGACUACCCCUCCUCCAAUAUCAGUGAGCCAAUCUUCCGGACUGGAGAGAAGCUCCGCCUCCUGUCUGAAGAAGGAUGCUGGUUGAAAGUCUGCUCCCUCCUGACCGCAGCUGAGAACUACAUUCCCAAUAACUACGUGGCCAAAGUCUACCACAGCUGGCUGUUCGAGGGUGUGGACAGGAAAAAGUCCGAAGAGCUGCUUUUCCUGCCAGGGAACCGGAUUGGAUCCUUCAUGAUAAGAGAGAGCGCGAGGGAAAAAGGUGUUUACUGCCUGUCAGUCAGACACAGGUCCAUCAUACAUUACCGCAUCUUCCGUCUGCCAAACAACUGGUAUUACAUCUCUCCUCGCCUCACCUUCCAGUGUCUGGAGGACUUAGUGACGCACUACUCCGAUUUGGCCGACGGCCUGUGCUGUGUGCUGAACGCUCCCUGCUUGGCCCAGAGCCACAACUCCGUGAACAUCGCCUCUCAGGCGCCUCCGGUGGUGAUGAGGCGUAACAACAACCAGAAGAAUAUGAACAGCCCGCAGCUGGAGAACCAGAGCACUGAGGACCUGCAGGACGACGAGGACGAUCAGAUGAGCUACGGCGUACGGGACAGCAUCGCCUCGUACCUGUCCCUGGCUAACUCAGAGGUCCCCAGCCGUAAAAUUACCUGGACGAAAAAGAGAAAAACAAUGUACGCACUCCCAAGCCAGAAUUGUGGCCAAGUAACUGAAGAGGACCGCUGGACACCUCACAAUGAGGCCUGAACUGUGAACUGCUACCAGUCUUCAUAAAGAGUUUUAUUCUUUGACUCAGUCAUGUCUAUUUUUAUUUGAUGAAGUCGGAUUUCCGUAAAAGGUUCUUUUCUCUGAUGAGCACCCGCCCCUCUGACUCGCUUGCAAAGACUUUUUCUCAACAUAUUUUUACUACAGAAUGUUUAUGUAAAUAGUAGGAAUGCACGCUGGUUUUAUUUCGGAAAAGUUAGUUUUCCCCGCACAGUAAAAAAGGUCUGGGUGGUUUCCUCUUCUGCUGUAAAGCAAGUGAAUAUGCUGCAUGUUCAUGGAGAUGUAAACGUAAGGAAUGUUGUGAGAUAUGUAUUGUGUAUGUCGAGUUAGAUUCGAUGACAGUGAAUGUGCAAGAGAAGAAGUGAUAUGUUGCACAGAAUUUAAUUGAUCCUGGGAAGGCCGAGCAGAACUUAAAGGAUCAUGUAAUAUAAGACAGGGCUCCACAAUCUCUCACACUAUAACGCAGUUUUUCCCAAACCGGUCCUCGGGGACCCACAGUCAGUCCAUGUUUUUGCUUCCUCUGAGCCCCCUACCAGAUUCUGCACAUUUUCGCUCCCUCCCAGCUCCCGGUAGGGCAUAAACGAGCAAACCUAGGACUGUCUGUGGAUCCUCAAGAACUGGAUUGGGAACCACUGAUACACAGACGACAUGGCUGCUUUGCCCAAUGCUGGCUGAGAGGUUCCCGUCUCUGGGAGAUGGAAUCUCCACAGCUGGCACCAGGAGAAAAAUCAGUCCUAUGGCUCAGUGUCCAGAGGCAGCGCCGUUUAAAAAUAAGAAAAUGACUUGAGGGAUGUAGAGGUUCUGAGCUGUUUUUUGAGCGUUUUUCUGUGCCGCCAGAAAAUAUAAUCACACUUUUCCAUUAUGCAAAAGCGAAUUUUUUAUGAGCGGAUACGUUUAAAAAAAAUAUAUUGUUUUCACAAUGCUCAUUUACGGAAAUCAGGGGGGCUUUAAAACUGAGUGGAAAAAUUUAGCAGAACUUUACAAAAGACCACGGAGAAAGGGCGUGCCGGCCCAUUCUCACCCUGUCGGCACUUUUAAUGACCCUCAGGGGCUCGCCAUCGUUGUACCUGCCUCACACCAUAGCGCUAUUCAUUGCCGACCGUCUUGCUCUUCUUUUCAUGAGUAAAACGUACACAUGGUUAUUUUAGCCUUGUGGUUUGUGACUCAUGGUUUUGCUCCUGGUUGAAGAACCUUUACUGAGUGUCUGCUGCAGACUGGGGUCAUUUUAAUCUCAAAUUAAAAACGUUUCCAAAGUA